AAAUUACAAUCUAAUGAGAUCGAGUUUAGGCCCAGUUAUUAAGCAACCAACUGUCAGGAUUGUUCUAUCUUUAGCACUGCACUUUGCUUGGCCUAUUAAACAGUUAGAUAUCUCAAAUGCUUUCCUUCACGGUUCUAUUUAAGAAAAGGUUUAUAUCAGGCAACCACAAGGCUUUGUUGAUGACCAGUUUCCUUCUCAUGUAUGUCAGUUGCACAAAGCCCUAUAUGGCCUUAAACAGGCCCCAAGAGCAUGGUAUGAUAUGCUAUCUCAACCUUUGAUUUCUCUUGGCUUCCAAAACAGUCUUGCUGAUUCUUCGUUGUUUGUUUUACACAAAGGCUCAGAUUUGGUUUAUGUGGAUGAUAUUUUAAUUACUGGUUCAAGUUCUGAGUUAGUUGCUACUAUAGUUGAUCAGCUUAGUUCUUCCUUUGCUCUUAAGGAUUUGGGAUUGUUACAUUAUUUUUUGGGCAUUGAAGCUAUUCCCACUGCUGAUGGUUUCAUUCUCUCUCAAGCCAAGUAUGCCUUGAAUUUACUUACCAAAGCUGGUAUGAUUGAGUGUAGGCCUUGUCACUCACAUUCUUCUCUCAAACCUGUUACUCCAGGAAACCUCACUCCUCUUACCAAUCCAGAGCACUAUAGAUCUCUUAUUGGUUCCUUACAACACCUUACUCUCACACGCCCAGAAAUCUCUUUUGCUGUCAACACCGUCUGCCAACAUAUGCAUGCACCAUUAGAGUGUCAUCUCACCGCUGUGAAACAAAUUUUACGCUACAUCAAGGGUACUUUGGCUCGUGGGCUUGCCUUUUCCAAGAGCUCUCUCACUCUUUUAGCAUUUUCUGAUGCUGACUGGGCAGGCAAUGCUCUUGACAGAUGUUCCACUGGUGGUAUUGUGUUUUUAUCGGUUCUAAUCUCAUAUCUUGGUCAGCUAAGAAACAAAUGACUGUGGCACGAUCAUCUACUGAGGCUGAGUAUAAAGCUCUAGCUAAUGCUGCUGCUGAAGUGAUUUGGUUGCAUCAAUUGUUCAAAGAUUUAGGUGUUCAAUUGACUGCUCCUCCUAUUCUUUGGUGUGAUAACAAUUCUACUCUUUCUUUAGCCACAAAUCCAAUCUUCCAUGCUCGCACAAAGCAUGUUGAAGUUGAUUUUCAUUUUGUCCGAGAAAAGAUAGCUAUCAAGCAGUUCAACGUUCUAUAUGUUCCUUCUGUGUUCCAAAUUGCAGACAUUCUUACUAAACCUCUCACUGUGGCUAGAUUUCUUCUUCUACGUGACAAACUGAAGCUGUUUUAAAUACCAGCAUCAGUUUGUGGAGGGCUGUUAACUGAUAAAGAAAAUGAAGACCGUGGUCACGGCUAGGUGACGUUAGGCUUUUUCUCUUGUUAAUUGGUUAGUUGCCAAAGAUAGCUGAGCUGGCAAAUGUAGUUUUAUUUGAGUAGAAUUUGAGAUACAUUUACGUUGUAUUUGAACUGCUUAUAUACGUGUAAUACUCUCGUUGCUCUUUUGUAAUUAGAAC